AUGCCACUUCACAGCGCAUCCGCCAUCUUGGCGGCCGUGCUGUCCUGCUCACGCGCUGCUCCAGGCUACCCGGAGAGCGAUGAAGCCAAGGUCCAGGAAACCCUGCGGGAGAUGACCACAGAGGAGAAGUUCCUCCAGACCUGUAUCGACGCGGGCUGUGCGGAGAGCCGGGCCAGGUGGUUCGAGUGCCACGCCCUGGGGGAGGGCAGCGAGCUUGGGGGAGGCGACUCCUGGUUCGUUCUGAAGGAUCUGCCACGGCUCGGUGUGCGUGGCAUGCGGAUGCGGGAUGGACCGAAGGGCCUGACCUGUCAGGGCGGCCAGCCUUUUGGCCGCCCUUGCCCGGAGGACGGCACCUCGCCCUCCUUCCCCUCGCAGGUGCUGCGAGGAGCAACGUGGAACGCCGAGUUGGAAGAAGAGAUCGGGCGUGCCAUAGGGGAGAUCGGCGUGUUGCUGGACGUUCAUGCUGCGCUGCUCCCCACGAUCAACAUCCUGCCAUGGCUGAACUGGGGCAGAGCCCAGGAAAGCUACGGAGAGGACCCCUUCUUCAGCGGCAAGAUGGGCGCUGCCGUGGUUAGGGGCGUCCAGCACGACCAAAAAGUGAUGGCGACUGCCAAGCACUUCCUGGCCAACAACAUCGAGAACACCCGGUGGUGGGUGAGUGCCGAGAUGGACGAGCAGACGCUGCAUGACGUCUACCUCAGGGCCUGGGCUCUGGUCGUCCGGGAGUCUGCCCCGGAGCUGGUGAUGACUUCCUACAACAGGGUGCAGGGCCGAUGGCCCUUCGCCGAUCCGAAGUUCAUCAGCAUUCUGCGCGACCAGCUCGGCUUUGAUGGUAGCAUCAUGACGGACUGGUUUGCUUCCUGGGAAGGCAUCACUAGCGGCCGGAUCCUCUUCCACGAGGGGACGUCUUCUCCCUACUUCUUCACCCCCCCGGGCUACAUGAAGAGCAACAGCCUCUACGGGGCUGGGGUGGACAUGGAGAUGCCCCUGUGCAACAAGAAUCGCGACGCCGUCUCUGAGGCCCAGAUGUGCUCCGAUGCCCAAGAGAGCUGCGCGACCAAGCGCUACCUGGAUGCCGCGGUGGAGCGCAUCCUUCGAUCCAAGUCCCGGUAUGGGCUCUUCGGCCCCAGUCGGAACCACAGCCUGGUGUCCUGGGACAACGAGAAGUUCGACAGGCUGUCGCUGAGAGCUGCCCAGGAGGGCAUGGUUCUCCUGAAGAAUCAUGGCCUCUUGCCCCAGGCACCAGGCGUUCGUGUGGCGGUGCUGGGCACACCCGAGACGCUGGAGUUGGGCGACCAUGGCUCCAGCGCGGUGAAGCCGUCGGGGAGGCAUGUGACAGUUCUGCAGGGCCUGCAGGACAAGUUCGGCGCGGAGAAUGUUCGGCACAUCGCGGAGGAGUCUUCGGAAAACACAGCCUACCUCACGAGCGCGGGGCUCGUGGUCAUCGACGUGGGCCUGGACCAUCUUUUCGAAGGAGAGUUCAUUCCGCCAGAGACCGGCGGCGACAGAAAGUACCUGACGCUGCACGCGUGGCAGGAAGCGGUCAUCCACAAG